UAUAUAGAGAGAAAGACAGAGACAGAGAGAGAGCGCGAGAGGAUGGAAGGAGGAGGAAAAUAAGACCAGGCACAAGGAAACAAAAGCUGCAGAGAGAGAGAGAGAGAGAGAGACUGUUCCCAUCUUGCCCUCCACUAAAAGAACAACGGAGGAGGAGGAGGAGGAAGAAGACAAAAGGAGGAAGAGGGUGGCGUACAGUACUGAACAUACUGGAACUGAAUUCAUAGGCUCUUUUUCUUUACCCUCCUCCAUGUUUUAGGGGGGAUUCUACACUAGUGCAUUUGACUGCUGCUUUCUUCUUCAUCUUUGAAAAGAAAGAAAGAAAGAAAUAGAGAAAGAAAGGGAGAAAGAAAGGAAUAAAGCGAGAAAGAGAGAAAGAAAGAAAGAAAGAGAGAAAGAAAGAAAGAGAGGAGGAUGUCGGGAAAGAAGGAGUUUGAUAUGAAACAGAUCCUCAGGCUGCGUUGGCGCUGGUUUAGUCAUUCAUCCCAGAGUUCUGCCGGUGGAGGAGGAGGAGGAGGAGGAGGAGGAGGAGGAGGAGGAUACCUCCAGGAGAGCUUUGAUCACAGAGGGACCCCAGUCCAGGGCAGGCUGAAGAAUCACUCCCGGGACAGAGGUGGCAGUGGAGGGGGACUCCGGAAGCAGAACAGCAACAGUCCGGUCCAUAGUAUCCUGGCCCCCACGCCAGUCUAUGUCAGAGCCAGUAAUCAAUCAUGGCAACAGCAGAAUAUUAUUCAGCACCUGCAGCAGCAGGGUGGCCACGAGCUGCCUAAGAACAGCAGCUCACCUAACAACACCAGGAAGGAGGACUGCUCCAAGAGCAGCCAGGAGAAUGUGAAGAGUGUUGAAGAGUCCUUAGAGGCGGAUGCAAGAGAAAGGAUGAGCUCCAACGGCUCGGAUGAGUUCUUCCAGGCUACAAACCAUGCGGAAGAAACCUUUCGCAAGAUGGAGACCUAUCUUCAGCACAAGCAGCUGUGUGAUGUUGUCUUGAUAGCAGGAGAUCAUAAGAUCCCGGCUCACAGAUUGGUCCUCAGUGCAGUAUCUGACUACUUUGCUGCCAUGUUCACCAGCGACGUGAGAGAGGCCAAACAGGAGGAGAUCAAGAUGGAGGGGGUGGAUCCAGAAGCCUUGAGAUCUCUGGUCCACUUUGCCUACACUGGUGUCCUUGAAUUGAAGGAGGAGACCAUAGAGAGUCUAUUGGCUGCAGCCUGCCUUCUGCAGCUCUCACAAGUCAUUGAGGUCUGCUGUAACUUCCUCAUGAAACAACUCCAUCCAUCUAACUGCCUGGGGAUACGCUCCUUCGCUGACGCCCAGGGAUGCAUGGAUCUGCUCAACGUGGCCCACAACUACACUAUGGAGCACUUCCUAGAGGUGAUUCAGAACCAGGAGUUUCUCCUGCUUCCUACGGCUGAGAUCGUCAAACUCUUGGCCAGUGACGACAUAAACAUACCAGAUGAGGAGACCGUUUUCCAGGCUCUGAUGAUGUGGGUGCGGUUCGACGUUCAGCAUCGCCAGCAGGACCUUGGGGUGCUCCUGGCCGAAAUCCGCCUGCCUCUUCUACCUCCACAGGUACUCCUAGCUGACCUGGAGAACAACACCAUGUUCUCAGAUGACCUGGAAUGCCAGAAGCUUCUAAUGGAAGCCAUGAAGUACCAUCUGCUGCCAGAGCGUCGCCUCAUGUUCCAGAGCCCCAGGACCAAACCCAGGAAGUCCACUGUAGGAGUACUCUACGCUGUGGGAGGCAUGGACGCUACCAAGGGAUCUACGACCAUAGAGAAGUAUGACCUGCGGACCAACACAUGGAUCCAGGUGGGGAUGAUGAACGGCCGGAGGCUGCAGUUCGGGGUGGCAGUGAUCGACGACAAGCUGUACGUGGUGGGGGGGCGAGACGGGCUGAAGACUUCCAACAUGGUGGAGUGUUACAACCCUUUAAACAAAGUCUGGUCCACCAUGCCUCCUAUGUCUACACACAGACACGGACUCGGUAUAACAGUGUUGGAGGGCCCCAUGUAUGCAGUAGGCGGCCAUGAUGGAUGGAGUUACCUGAAUACGGUGGAGAGGUGGGACCCCCAGGCUAGACAGUGGAACUACGUGGCCAGCAUGUCCACCCCACGCAGCACCAUGGGAGUCACCGCACUCAACGGGAAAUUGUUUGCAGUUGGCGGUCGGGAUGGGAGCUCGUGUCUGCGGUCGAUGGAAUGCUUUGAUCCACACACCAACAAGUGGAGUAUGUGUGCCCCCAUGGCGAAGCGGAGAGGAGGGGUGGGUGUGGCCACGUACAACAGCUUCCUCUAUGCUGUGGGUGGUCAUGAUGCCCCGGCGUCCAACCACUGCUCCAGGCUAACAGACUGUGUAGAGAGGUAUGAUCCCAAAACAGACACAUGGACCACGGUGUCCUCUCUGAGUGUCCCCAGAGAUGCUGUAGGUAUCUGUCUGCUAGGAGACAGGCUAUAUGCUGUCGGAGGAUACGAUGGAACGUCCUACCUGAACAGUGUUGAGUCCUAUGAUGCACAAAACAAUGAAUGGACUGAGGAGGUCAAUCUCAACAUUGGAAGGGCUGGAGCCUGUGUUGUAGUUGUGAGAAUACCUUAAGGACUACAACUCUCUACAACCCCCUGGAAUGGCACACAGAACACAUGAUAUGAUGUCACCACUGAUGUCACCACUGAGAAUGUUUUUCCAUCAGUUUUUCUACUGUAAAGACAAACCUCUACUGCAUUCCUCACAAACCAAUGUUUCCAUUAACAGUGAUUUUCAUUGUCCACUUGAAAGUAUUUUAUCUUUGAUUAUAAGAACGUACUUUACCAUAUCUAGAGAUCAAGUAAGUGGUUAGUUGUGGUUAAAAAUAUUAGGAAACUUUGCCACACUCUCCUUGGUCUGGUUACUCUGUUAAAAUGCUCUAUCAGAAAAUAAUGAUCAGAAAAUAAUGAUCAGACAAUAAUGUUCUCUAUAUGAUACAAUGAAAGAAAUGACAUUUAUUAAUUGAUACUUUUACAUUUAUACAGCAACAUUCUAUAUUUGUCUCAUCACAUAAUAUUUUUUCUCGAUUUAUACUCCUAUGUAUAUCUCGCUUUUAGCCACUUGAAAAUUAAAGGUACUUUUUCUAUUUUUACUA